CACAGUAAACCAAGACACGCGCUGCUUGCCGUAUAAGAAUGGAAAUGGAGAAAACUGAUAGGAAACUGAUAUUUUAUGCUUGAUUUUUCUUCUCAAAACAAGUGUCACAAAAAUGAAGCUGACGAACGAGCGGACUUCCGAUUGGAAAUCGGGUGUGGAUUUUGGCUUGAGAUGGGCACUGUUAGCGGCUUGCCUUUGCCAACUUGCUUACAAGGGGUGUCACGCAGCGGUCGACUGCCCAGAUCAGAACGGUGUAAUUCGGUACAGAUGUGAAGAUUCUGCCUACUGUUGUGGCAACGGCGAGUGUUGUUUGCUCGACAACGGUUUCAAUAUUUUCACUCUGUGGUACUUUUGGGCAUCCAUCGGACUAGGCUUAGUCAUCUGCAUCGCUGCCAGUCGGGUGUUUUGCAAGAGCAAACGCCACAGCCAGGUGCAAGUCCAAGAUAUCAGCAAAGCAGCCAAUCACCUUCAAGUCGGUGACGUGCCGAGACCACGGCCACAUCUACAGCCGCAGCCACAGCCGUUACAACAGACACAGCCGCAACAAGUUGUAGUCGUGCCAGUCGUAUAUAAUCAGCCUGCCAUACGUGUGCCACAAGAGGGCGCUUUCAACGUCUCUGGUUCUGUUCUCCCCUCGGGUGCCAUGACAACGGCCAUGCAUCCCGGCAUAAACCAGCCGCAAGGACGUCGUCGAGUCAUGAUGAUGAAUGGACGCCCUCCUCCAGGGCUGGUGCAGCCGGCUCCCGCUUUGCCAGGGGAGUUUGUCAGACCCUUUGGGCCUGGAUAUCAUCAACCCUCGUUAUAUGGACCACUGCCGCCAGGCUACGUGCCACCAAAUUAAUUAUCGAAGAACCAAUUUAAUUUCAUUACGGAAAUAGUUAUAGAGUUUAGUAUUGAUGCGGGCGAUUCUCAGUAGUGCGCCUCCAAGAGUUUGCAACGCGGUGGUCAAUUACAACGCGCGAAUUUGUCGACCAUUUCCAAACGCGUAUUGGGUUGACAGAUUUCGCGCAUAGCCAACGCAUUGCAACUCUAGGCGCACUAUUGUGAAACGCCCGUAUUGUCGAACAUUUUAAUGACGGAACAUACCGAUUAAUUUACAAUUUUUAUACCCAUAAGAUAAAGAUAAAUUUUUAACACUAAAAGU